GAUCGGCGCUAUAAUCAGCCCCUUUCUUACAGGAGAUCCCUCUGCAAACGACCAGUGUAGACAGGAGUUAGCCACGGCUGCAAGAUCGCCACCAGAUACAAUUAGGACCGAGAUUUCCUCCUUCACUCACCUGCAGCAUCAAGUCCAUCCUCCCAGCUAGAACCACCGUGUAGCAACCAUGUCUGUAGCGGGGCUCAAGAAGCAGUUCCACAAAGCCACUCAGAAAGUGAGUGAGAAGGUUGGAGGAGCAGAGGGAACAAAGCUCGAUGAUGACUUCACUGACAUGGAAAAGAAGAUGGACACCACCUCUCGGGCAGUGAUGGACAUCAUUACCAAGACUACUGAGUAUCUGCAGCCAAACCCAGCCACCAGAGCCAAGAUGAGCAUGAUGAACUCCAUGUCACGUAUGCGGGGACAGGAGAAGGGACCGGGCUACACGCAGACCGAGGCCAUCCUGGGAGAGUCCAUGCAGAGGUUUGGCAGGGAGCUCGGAGAGGAGUCUAACUUCGGCCUUGCUCUGAUUGAUGCUGGGGAAGCCAUGCGUGAGCUAGGAGAGGUCAAGGACGCUUUGGACAUGGAGGUCAAGCAGAACUUCAUUGAUCCACUGCAGAACCUCCAUGAAAAAGAUCUCAAGGAGAUUCAGCAUCACCUGAAGAAAAUGGAGGGUCGCCGUCUCGACUUUGAUUAUAAGAAGAAACGUCAAGGCAAAGUGACAGAUGACGAGAUCAAACAGGCUCUAGAGAAAUUCGACGACUCCAAGGAGAUUGCUGAGCAGAGCAUGUUCAACCUGUUGGAGAGUGAUAUUGAACAGGUGAGCCAGCUGGCUGCACUGGUCCAUGCCCAGGUGGAGUACCACAGCCGGGCUGCUGAGAUCCUCUCACAGCUCUCCAGUAAAAUCGACGAACGGAUAAGGGAUGCCGCUAACAAACCGAGGAGAGAGUUCGCUCCUAAGCCACGUACAUCUCUGGACUUCUCCAUCAGUGAGAACCACAAUGGAGGCAUCCACAGUGCUCGCUCUCCAGGGGCGAGGUCUCCAGCAAGGUCUCCAGCAAGAUCUCCAGCCCCCAUGGACCAGCCCUGCUGUCGUGCACUGUACGAUUUUGACCCCGAGAAUGAAGGUGAGCUAGGCUUCAAGGAAGGCGAUAUCAUCACCCUGACCAAUAAGAUCGAUGACAACUGGUACGAGGGGAUGCUGCACGGGAACUCGGGCUUCUUCCCCAUCAACUAUGUGGAUAUCCUGGUGCCGCUGCCCCACUAGGAUGACACCACUAUCAGCUGUGUCUGCAACAGUGGCGAAACAGAUCCUGGCCUCCAUUCCCCCCCCCCACCCCCCCACCCCAAGUAUUCCUGGUAACCUUUUCCUUAACAUUCCUACCAACCACCUGCGCUCCGCUUUAAAGGAGUCAAAACAGCAACAACACAGUAACGAAAGAAGAUUGAUGAGUUAAAGCAGGUAUGCACCAGUUAAGCGUAAAAACUUCAAAUGAGGAAAAAUCAGCGUUUAUGUCGUUGCUUCCCCCUUAUCCCAGGAGGUUCCUUCAGGCUUCCAUAGUCAUUUUAUCCAUUGCUGUCCCGGCUUCUGUCUUGGUUUCAGUUGGCUGUCAGUACGUCAUGACUUCUGUGAGUUUAUCAGAGCAGCUUUGCAAAAUCACUCUUUUCUCUCAUUCACUGUACUUUGUGGAAACCUCUACAGUAGAUAGAAACUUUUCUCUCACAUACUAGGAAAAAAAAAAAAUUGGUCCACGUGUUUCAUGUUUGUUAGAGACUCUAGGUCAAGCAUGGUUUCAAGUGUUUAACGUUUUAUCUUCUAUCUAAAAAUAUGUUGAGCUGAUUUUUGUUCUGUUUUGAAUAUUCCUCUUUUUUAAUGGUCGUCGUCUCUCGGCGUCCAAAUCUCUGUCCAAAGGAUGUCCUCACCUUUUAACUACUCAGAGUUUUGACAGAAGUUGUAGACUAGAGUCAUCUGGUUAACAACUAACAACCAAGGUUACCCAUCAUAUUUAUUUUAUUUUAU